AUGAGUGGCGAGAAGCUUGUUUUGAUAACACCCGUCUUAGGGAGACUCGAUUCUUUCGAAAAAUUUCUCGACCGAUUUUUGCAAAUUCGGGCAAAAAUGAAAAUAGAAAUUGAGCUUGUCGUGGCUCUUUUCUCGUCGGAUACAGUGUUGGAACGAUUAAUUACAGCAAUUGAGCGAGUGGAAAAGGAUCAAGGUGAUCCCCACGUGGUGCGCUUCGUUGUUGUGGACGGUGCUUUUUCCAGAGGCCGGGGGAUCGCCCAAGCGAUAGACGCCGUCCAUGGAAACGCGCUGUUAUUUUUCGUCGACAUCGAUAUGAUCCUUAGCCAAGAAACACUAGAAUCGGGAAUCACGUUGACGGUUCCUGGCCAAGUUUAUUUCCCAAUUUUCUUUUCGAUCUUCGCUCAAAAAUGCCGUGCCCAGCAAAGCGUAUCAGAAACAAAUGGAUUCUGGCGGAUAUAUUCGACUGGAAUGGUUUUUAUUUUUAAACAUGAUUAUCUGAAGACCGAUGGCUUCGACUUGACAAUUAAUUCUUGGGGACAGGAAGAUCUUAGAUUCACUGAAGCGGUCAUCAGUGCUAAGCUCAAAGUGAUACGAGUGAAGGAUCAAAACCUCAUUCAUCCUUGGCACCCGAAAAAUUGCAAGAAUCUCGUUAACAAGUUCUUUCAAGAGUGCGUUCCUGUCAAAAUGGCUCACUACUGUAGCUACGGGAUGCUUUAUGAAGAGUGGAAGUACCAGCAAUCUCCCCUCUUCGAAGAAGCUAAACUCAAAAAGAAGCAUUCAAAAAUCGCUUUUCAAUAA